UCCCAGAUUGUCUGUCGCCUUUGCCAUUCAAAACCACAACCGGUGUCAAUCACCGAGUCUUCGAAAUCUCGUCGCCAGACAUCACCCUCGGCCUUUCGCAACGAUCUUUGCGAUUUUGAUACCUCGCAGGAUCGGCCCCUUGGCCGCGAUACCGGGCCAUCAAUCCGCAGACAAGCAAGAGCAGCUGCACCGGCCGAUUGCAGCAACAGCGGGCCGGCUUUUUUCUCCGGGCCUCCAUAGACGGACCUUCACCGCGCGCGCGAGACUGCCGCAGCCGAGACCUGGGGACGUUCCGAACACCGACCCGGGCCUUUUCCCGCUCUUUUUUUAUCUCUAUCCAAGAUGCCUCAGUACACGUCCCGCGAUGUUGGCGACCCGUCGCAGAUCAGGAAGAACAAGCAGAGCAUGGCCGACUUGAAGCUCCGCCGGUUGACGGAGCUGAACUCGCGGCUACGCGAAGACCUUGAACGGGAGCGCAUUCCCGUGAGCCAAGCUGCGAAGAGCAUCAUCGCGUACACGAACAGCACGAGAGACUACAUGGUGCCCAGCGUGUGGGGUCCGGUGCCCAAAGGAGACGAUCCCUACGCACCACAACAGAGCGGCGGGUGCUGUAUCGUGAUGUAAGACUGCUGCACAGAAACCUGGCUCAGCUUCGCGGAGCCAAGCCCAAGUCUGAAUGAGCUACGUCAAUACUCGGCCGUGCCGCUUUGGGUGUGUGAACGUCAGGGUCGCGCAGGAGCCUCCCCGUCGCUCACUGGUGACGACGCGUCGGAUGGUGAUACUGGCAUCCGGCCUUGCAUAGUUGGAAAGGGUCGGCUUGAGGCGUGGAGACGGGUAAUCCAGCAUCUCCCGUUGCCGAUCCGAAAAGCAGUUUUCCGCAAAAAGUUGAAAAUUUUCUUGCCAGGGCAAGGACGGGAGGGUCAUGGAAAGGACGGGACGACGGCACGGCCUCCUACGAUGACGCUUCUACUCAUACCCUCUAUAUUUCACCGAGCGGAUCGCAAGCUGGAUGUGCGGCUCUUCAGCAUGUAAUACCUUGAGUUCCUUCUUUGUGUUUUUUCUCAUUUGUCUCGUCUGUCCCCCGUGCUCUACACCGCUUGGCUUUCCUCCUUGCCCUGCGCGCUUCUAUUUCUCUGUAUAUAGGUUUCCGGUCUCCCCACGGCUGCUUCGAUGGGUUUACGAAAUAAGGAGGUGAAUGAGACAGGAUUUGAAAACUGAUAACUUGGACUUGCGUUGCCAAGUGACC